AGCGCGUAGUCCUAUCUCUCUGGUUGAUCGUCGACCUACCUGUCACUGCGAUUCAUGUGUCAUCAAAAGAACAGAACAGAAUGAACUUCCCUUCUACAUAUUUUGCAGUUUAAAAACAUACUGCAGUCAACUAUUAACAAUACUGAAACUGAAAAGAGGCAGUAAGAACUGUACUAGUAAGAACACCAGCGGAGCUGCUCAGAGGUUGUCAGAUCACCACAAGUUAAGCGCACAAGGUGCCUCUGUUCUCUUUCUCUCGCUCGCUCUCUCCCUCCCUACCUCUUUUGGACCUGACAGUCUGAAUAACUCUUGGUCGGAAUGCCAUUUGUUGCUGGCAGUAAAAUGGACUGGGUUUACCCGCGAUUUCACAAGGAGUCCCUAGCUCAAACUCUCUGUCGUUCGGGAUUGUUCGUGAUCUGUGUGGGAAUGGUUUUGACCAUGUCCAUGUUUCCCAUGCUGAGGUCCCUGGGUGUCCAACUCCGUUCUACACUGACAGGAAGCUACAUGCCUGGACACCAUUCUGUACUCCUUAUUAACUGCCCCAAUGAACAGAUAGCCAAGGACAUUGGCAGAGCCAUUAUGGAGAGAAGAAUGGCAGCGUCCAUCAACUUCCUGCCCAGGACCUACACCAUGUAUUACUGGAGAGGGGAGAUUCAAGAAUCAACAGAAAUCUUGAUGUUGGUGAAGACGAGGACCUCGAAGAUUGAGAGGCUUACAGACUAUGUCAAAUCUGUCCAUCCCUAUGAGACCCCAGAGUUGCUUACCUUUCCGGUGGAGGGCGGGAGUCUGCCCUAUAUGAAGUGGAUGGACGAGGCCGUUCCUGACGAUUGACCAAACCUGCAAAAUGCAGCGCCAAUGGUUUUUGAUCUCAUUGGAUCUCCAAUAGGUUGUUGAACGGAAGCUUGAAGCCACGGGUAUUGGCUGAGAACCAUGAAAUUGGGAUUGAAAGGAGGGGUUUAAAGUUCAAACUUGUCCUUUUGAACUUUCAAUCCACAGAUUAUAACUGUAUUGCUCCCACUAAGACAUUGAGAUUUUUAAUAAUUUUUAGUAUAACUGUAUAACAGUGUUUGUUAUACAGAUCUGUAUUGCUGCCAUGACUCUUCCAAGCUUGACCUCUGUAAGAUUUGUAGACAAUCUGAACAGUGUUGAAAGUGUUGGUAUUGCUCCAGGUCUAACUAUAAUAGCCUUCAAACAGCAGUAAGGCAGACAGCAGGUGGUCAGAAUGUCUUACGCCAUUCAUCUAAUGUUCAACUGGUCACUGAGAAGGCAAUUCGAUUUGACAACCGCUGGUCAGUACCAUUGACUUGGCUAAGUACCUGAACUCUCACCAACUAAACAUGUUGAAUUACUUGGCAAACAUGUUGAAUUACUUGGCAAACAUGUUGAAUUACUUGGCCCUAUCGAUACAGAUACAACAAUCGUAGAGCACGAGUGUGACAUCCAGUGGUAGCUGUUCUAGCUAAUUAAGAUAGAUAGCAACAUGUUGUCAUGUGUUGACACUGCUGUAAGGGAUUAGAGGAAUUAAUAGUUUCUUCUUCAUCCAGGUAGUUUUUAUUGGCCAUAUAGUUACAACAAGGGCUUUUUAUACAGCCAGCUAGUAUGAGUAAGGCUACCAGCAACACAUCGACAUAUAUGACAAUAAUGAAUGACAUGCUAGUACUUUACUUAACUUCUGGUUUGGAGUACUAUAACCAGGUUCAUGCUAAGUGAAAGCAAAAAAAUAUGAACCAUCUACUGUCUUUACAGAGAUUGAAGUACUCUCUGAAGGUUUGACCAAUACGAGUCUGUUUCCUGCUUUAUGUUUCAAAUAAUAAUGUUCACUGUUGAUUUGUGUUGAAUGUAAUUACAUUAGAUUAUAUUUAUUUUUAUUGCAUUCAAAACCUCAAAUUCUCCUUUGGUUUAUUGUAAUUAAAUAAUUUUUUCAAGGUGACAUGCACCCUUGUUUAUUGUUUUAGUGUGUAGUAAAUUAAUGGAGAUUAAGCAGAAUUUCAGGUUCUUGUUUCAAGAAAAGGUUUUUGUUGCAAAAUAACACAUGACAUUGUGGUGACAGAAAAAUAUGUUCCCUUUUUCUUGAUGUGACACAGGAUACUACCACAUAACAUUUGCAAUUCAAGAAGGCGCUGUUCAGUUGUUCCUUUUUACAUUCCUCAAUAUUAUUUCUUUUCGAUUAUUCAUACACCUUGUCCAUAUAAUUUUAUUUCCCUGACAUAAAAAGUGAGGAUUUUGUGCUUA